AGGAAGUAACUGGAUGUAACAGCGUUAGCUUGAGUUGCUAAGACCGGGGGAAAGCUGGGUAUAUAGUUGAUGUCUCAAACUCUUUGCUGGACAGAUAUCUCUGCUGGGUGUGUAUUGUAAACCUUGAUCACUAUGACCAAUCCUGAUUGAACAGUACGUGUUGUAAUUAGCCUUCAUUAGCACAGUUAAUGGACCGUUACCCAUUAACUGUACGUAUUAGCGAUAAAUCAACUAAUAACAACGUUCAGGCUUUUAAAAGUUAAUGCUUUAGUGCUGGAGUUCACUGUCGGGCUUGUGGGAAAACACUGGCUGUGGACUCACCUUGUUGUCCAGCUGGGGACAGAGUGGACCCAGGACUACUGACCAAGAGAGCAGAAAAACAGAAGAUCCAGAUCAUAUGACUUCAAGAGCAAGUGAAGACUGAAGACAAGUAUUGUGAAAAGAAGAAUCCCAAAUGUGGUGAGGAUGACCGAGAUGAUGAAGGUGGAAGCAGAUGAACCUGGAGGGUUCGGCUUGGAGCCUCCCAUACCUGCAGCAUCCACAUCAGAAGUGGAGGAGGAAACACGAGACAGCAAAGAUCUCAUGUUUCCACUCCAUGAGAUGCUGGUGAUCAAAGCAGAAGUUCCCCAUGACUGGAACUCCAGUUUGGACCAGCAGGACCUGGAGCCGUCCCACAUAAAGGAGGAAGAGGAGGAACAAUGCAUCAGUCAUAAGGAAAUACAUCUUACCGUGAAGAGGGAAGAUGAAGAGAAAACUGAGUUAUCAGAGUGUCAUCAGAUCAAAACCGAAGACAGGAGCUCAACUGAACAGCUGGAAACCCAACUGGAUCCAGAUAGGAACCCAGAUCUAGUAUGUCCCAAUCAGAAGAGUAAGAUAAUGGUUCACAGAAGAGGUAAAAGACAUAAACUGUGCUCCAAACUUUCACCUAAGGGCCACGCGAGAGAGAAAUCAUUCGGUUGUGAUGUUUGUGGCAAACGAUUUAAACGUGAGACGAAUUUUAAAUUACACAUGGUGAUUCACAAUGAAAAAAUAGAACACAUCUGCAACAUUUGCAGUAAAGGAUUUAAAGUAAAGCGUUCUCUUGAGACGCAUAUGAGACGGCACACUGGAGAGAAGCCAUUUGCGUGUGACGUUUGUGGUAGACGGUUCCAUGCAAAGAGUAAUCUCACAAGUCACCUGAAGGUCCACUCAGAAGAAAAACCCUUUUCCUGUGACGUUUGUGGUACGAGGUUUAUCAGAAACGAAAAUCUCAAGAGGCACAUGUGGAUUCACACGACAGAGAAACCAUUUGUUUGUAGUGUUUGCAGCAAAGGAUUCUCACUGCAGCAGAGGCUUGAAACUCAUAUGCGCGCUCACAAGGGAGAGAAACUAUUCAUGUGUAGUGUUUGUACUAAAGGAUUUUCCCGACAUGAGAAUCUAAAAAGGCACAUGCGCAUACAUACGGGCGAGAGGCCAUUUAUCUGCAGUUUUUGCGGUAAAGGAUUUUCCCUGCAAGAGACACUGAAGAGUCACAUGCGUGUUCACACAGGGGAGAAACCGUUCAUAUGCAGUGUUUGCAGUCAAGGAUUUUCUCUCCAGCAGAAUCUGAAGAGUCACAUGUACGUCCAUACAGGAGAGAAACCGUUUACUUGUGGUGUUUGUAGUAAAGGAUUUUCUCGGCAGGUGUAUCUAAAAAGUCAUUCGAAGGUCCAUACAGCACCGUUUAGCUGUAGGGACUGCAGUAAAUGUUUCAUGAAUGAAAUACAGCUGCAGCGGCACGUGAGGUUCCACUCGGAGGAGAGACCGUUCAGCUGUGAUGUCUGUAAAAGCCGCUUUAACCAAAAGAUUCAUCUUGAAAGUCAUAUGAGAGUCCAUUCAGGAGAAAAACCAUUUGUUUGCAGUGUUUGCAGUAAAGCGUUUUCCCGACCUGGAGAUCUGAACAGACACAUGGGUGUUCAUAAGGGCUGUAGCUUAUGAUUGAGAAAUCUGUCCAAAUGCUUUUACAGUCAACUGUUAUUUUAAUCCCUGCUCUCUGGAGAAUUAUCCUCUGAAAUUAACAGUGUUUGAUGAAACCUCUUGAAAAUAUUUCACUUCUCUGAUCAGCUGUAAAUAUGGAAUACAUAAAACUUGAGAUGAGCACAGUUUGUCCAAAUGAGUUCAAAUAAAAACCCUCACAUCGUUGCGUGUUGUGUUUUUAGACAUGACUGAAGUGCAUUAAUGUCACCACAAUGGCAGCGAUACAUUUGCUGAAGAAGUCAACUAAAACACAGAGAGCCUUCAGUAAGAGGCUGCAGAUUUUCUGUGGCAGAGCUCUGAACUGCUACAAAGUGGAAACGGAUCCACUGUAAAUAAAAAAAUCAAAAUUAACAACAGCAAUGAUAAUAAUAAACUGUACAAGACAAUUGCAUGAAAUACUGUCCAGUUAUUACAAAAUAAAAAUGAGUAUUUUUAAUCAAACUGGCAGGAAACAACAGCAGAGGUCCACCAAACAUGAAAUUAUUUAACAAUGUUUGAAAAAAAAACUGUAUUCAGUAAAUCAUCAGAUGUCUGAUUGUCAUGUUGUCAUUGCUACAGCUACCCUCUGCUGCUUGUUGUCUCCUGAAAGGAGAUCACGCUACUUCAUCAGUAUCUUCAGUACAACGGAAUUUUUGUUUAGAUAUAUUUGAAUUAAUAACAUGUCAUAAAAUAGUUUUAUGACUUUUUUUUAAUUAAUUGUAUUUCAUUUCUCAGAAUUGUCCACCUGCCAUGGCAUGCUUUGUGAAACUGGUUUUCUGUGAACACAAAAGUAGGACUUUUAAGGGGGAAAUGUUUUGUUCAAGAAUGGUGUUAAAAGCUAGCAAUACAAUUUAAUACUUAGUGCCUACCUUAAUAAAAACAAAUAAGACGUAAAACUAUACAUGACCCAUGUGUGUACAAAAUAAAAUCCAAAAUCCCCAGUUUAA